AUUACAGUCUGUGUAUCGUGCUCUCCAUAAAAGACUUUGAGACGUCACUUUUUGAACUGCACGAACGUUUACAGUGACAGUUGAAAGCAUAUAUAUUUACUGUAUUAAAUAUUUUUUACUAACAUAUUUUGAAAAAUGGAUGUAGAGAUACAGGACGAUGAAAACGAAGCCAUAGAUGCAGAUCCAGAUUUUUACAGAGGCCGUGGAGGAUUCUUUAAAUUUCCAAAUGGAGACGUUUACGAAGGAGACUAUAUCGCGCAUAUUUCCGGAAUCGUAUGGAGAGAGGGAAAAGGCAUUUAUACGACUCAGGAUGGACAGGUGUAUUCAGGAAUUUGGUACAACGACGAAUUAAAAGACACGGACGAAGUGGAAAUUAUCUACGCAGAUGGUACUAAGUACGUGGGACAUGUAAUAAAAAACCAGUACGCAGGUUCUGCAAUGUAUGUCAUACAGGACGGCCUAUAUAUUCUCGGUAAUUUUGUCGAUAACAAACCCGAAGGAGAAAUGUGUCUGCUCGAUGUCAAAGGACGCGAAUGGCGAGCCGAAGCGCUGGAAAACGAUGCGGUCUUCCUUCCCGAGCACGCUUUCUUCAAUGACAUUCCGCCGAGACUCGGCAAGGGUAUUCUUCGCAUCCAAAGGGCGAAGCAGAGCGUCGUCGACAUGAGCACCUCGAAAACCUUAAAACCGAUCAUGAACCGCGAAACUCUGAGCAAACUGGAAAUGAAAAUAUUCGCCAGAACGAGGAAAACCGUUUCCGAUUUGAAAUUCGAAAAUUCCGAUUGGUAUCAGAAUUGGGUCUCGUUCAGGAAAGCGUACGACAAGAUCAUGCACAAAAUCAUUAACGCAGAUGAAGACCAUCUUUGUCAAGACGAAAGGGACUGGCUAGCGAAAUACAACGAAUUCAAAAAGAAAUAUAUGGCCAUCAUGGAUUCCAGGCACGAGCCCAAACUCAAGGAUUUGAAGGAUUGUCAGCUGUACGAACUGUUUAAUUCUGAAGAAUACAUGCCUCCUAUUCCAAUGUUUACAGCCACCGAUGGAAACAAUAUCAGCAUUAACAGAAGCGAUAGCGAUUAUACAAUGGGGGCUUAUGUACGUACCUUUGGCACGCAAAUUUAAUUAUUUUUAUUUAAAAUAAAUAUAUAAAAGUAACA